CAUUUCUGUUUCUGAAGCCUCUGCCCAGUUCUUGGCCACUGCUGUGCUCUUUGGGCACCAACUACAGUACAACAGGAUGGCUGAGAAGCAAGAACAACCUCCAGUAGCCCAGAAUGGUGAAAAGGCUGAAAAUGCAGAAAAUGCAGAGGAAUCCGCAGAGGGGGAAAAGCCAAAGGAACUGGAGGAAUUGCCACCCUUUGAAAUUGUCACAGGGGAACGGCUUCCAGCCAGCUUUUUCAAUUUCCAGUUCAAGAAUGUCGAAUACAGUUCAGGAAGAAACAAGACCUUUCUAUGCUACAUCAUAGAGAUUCAGGGCAAGGAGUCCAAAAUGUUACGGGGCUACCUGGAGGAUGAACAUGCAGCAGCCCAUGCAGAAGAUGCCUUCUUCAAUACCAUCUUGCCCAAGUGCGAGUCUGGCUUGCGCUACAAUGUCACCUGGUACUCCAGUUGUAGCCCCUGUGUAGGCUGUGCUGAUCGGAUAGCUAAAGCACUUCAGAAGAAUAAAAACCUACAUCUCUCCAUUGCAGUAGGUCGUCUAUUCAUGUGGGAGGAACCUGACAUACAAGCUGCCUUGAAGAAAAUGAAAACAGCUGGUUGUAAAUUGAGGAUCAUGAAACCUCAAGAUUUUGAGUAUCUCUGGCAAAACUUUGUAGAGCAGGAGGAGGGAGAAGCAAAGGCAUUUAUACCCUGGGAAGACAUUCAAGAGAACUUCCAAUUUUAUGAUGAAAAGCUUGCUGAACUUUUGCACUGAGG